CCACAGCUCGCGGUCGUCACUGCCACCCGGCGGCUGCACGCGGUACUGGAUUUCAGCACAGUGAGGUGAUCAAGGGUUAGCGGACACCUGCGUCCAGGACACACUGUAAUGUCUAACUGGCUGAAUGAUGGCGAGGUGCUGGUUGGUCAAGGCAGUGGUGAGGCAAUGCCGGUGAGCCCCAGGCCGCGGGGCCUACCAGCCGGGAGCCCAAGGCCAGGCCGGGUACAAAGUCCCCUGACAUCACCCAGAGCCAGAGAGGUGAUGCCAGGCAGCCCACAAGCAGAAACCAUGGGCAAAGCCAAGGAGCUGUUUGUGCUGUGUGACAAAGAGGGGAAAGGGUUCAUCACAAAGCGGGACAUGCAGAGGCUACAAGGGGAGCUGCCGCUGUCCCCUGAACAGCUGGAGACGGUGUUUGAGAGUCUGGACCGACAGAGCAACGGCUUCCUCACUCCUGUUGAGUUCAACACUGGUCUUGGUGAGUUGGUGGGGCUGGAGGACACAACCGAGCUAAGUCAAGACGAAGCAGAGGAGGAUAUGGACGGUGUGGACCGGUCCCAGGACCCCACUGCAGUUAGAUUUGCAAACAUCCUGAUGGAGCUGGGUGCUGACAAACUCUUCAAGGAUCAGCAGGAGUUCAAUUCCUUGUGGUGUGACCUCCAGAGAGAUAGACCGGAGCUGCUCAGUCUCCUGGAAGGCAUCCUAAUCCACGCAGUGUCCCAUUUACAAGACUCCAUCAGAGAGAGAGACAGUCUGGAACAAGCUCUUUGCAGACGAGAGAGUGAACAUGAUCAGGUUGUUCGGUCCAUAUAUGAAGAAAUGGAAAGCCAGAUGCGAGAGGAGAGAGAGAAACACCUGGCUCAGGAGACCAUUAAACAGAAGCAGAGAGGGCAACAACUUGAGGAGGAGCUGAAGAUUCGGGAGCAAGAGCUGGAGAACAGUCUGACCAAACAGAAAGAGCUGGAGACCAGAAUCCAACAGGUGAGCUAUGAAAAAGCAAACAUCAAACAGCAGAACCAGCAGCUGCGGAGCCUCAACAUCCAGUUACAGGAGCAGGUGGAGAGCAGCAAAGAGCAGCUGCAGGCUGCGCUGGGUCAGCUCAGCCUGUUGCAGCACGAUGCUGCCCGAGAACAAGAAGCCAGGCAGAGAAAUGUGAUGAAGGUGUCAAGGAACAUACAGAAAGAGAAGGACAGUCUCUUGAGACAACUGGAGCUUUUGAGGGACAUGAACAAAAGGCUGCGAGACGAGAAAGAUGUCCAACAGGCUCAGAGGAGGACUCCAAAUGUCACAAAGCCUUUGCAGAAGAAAGGGUCAAUCAUAGGUAACUACUUACUGCAAGACAAGCCACUGAAAAGACAGCUGAGCUCAUCCGAUGAGUUGGAGCAGAACAAAGAGAAAGAGGUGACAAAUACAACCAAGAGACACCAGCCGUCACAUAGGGUCAGUCGUGAACAUGUUGAACAGAUGCAAACUCAGAGCAACAUUGUCAGUCCUCAGCGAGUGUUCAAGGUGGUGUUCCUGGGUAACUCCGGCGUGGGUAAGACCUCCUUCAUCCAGCACUACUGCACGGGACACUUCUACAAUAAAAUGAGCGCUACUGUCGGUAUAGAUUUCCAGAUGAAGACUGUAACUGUGGGCUCCACCACCAUCACCAUGCAGCUCUGGGACACCGCAGGACAGGAGAGGUUUCGAAGCAUCACUGAGCAAUACUUCCGCAAAGCUGACGGUAUCCUCGCCAUGUAUGACCUCACUCACUCCGCCUCCUUCACUGCUGUGAGAGGAUGGAUGCACUCUGUAAAGGAAAAGAUGUGUGACGGUGCAGUACUGAUGCUGCUGGCGAACAAACUGGACCUGGCAGACGAUCACAGCAGAAGAGUGACAGCAGGGAAGGGCCAGAGACUAGCAGAGCAACACCAAGCUUUGUUUUACGAGUGCAGCGCCAAAACUGGACAUAACAUCGAGGAGCUGAUGACUGAUCUUGCCAGGAUGUUAGUGUCGCAGCAUGACCGACAAUGUGAGGAUGCACUUUUACUGACAGAGGACACUGAUAAAAGACGCUGCUGUACUUGAAAAGAAGAGGAAAGGUGUCAGCACCAUGGUUGAUUCGUCAGAGACGAACAAAGGUCAUUCAUAUCAUGUCAAGAGUCCAUUUUGUUGCCAAGUUUACUGAACAGUAUCUGUAAUGUUUGCCUGUGUAUGUAUCUUUAUAAACCAUCCAAUAAAAUAUAUUUUUGAUGACUG